GGAUAUCUUAAUAUAAUGCGCCUCGUGCGGCUUAUUCCCCAUUCAAUUGUGCGAUUGUAAACAAAGAAGUUGCUCUAUUAAGGUCGGUGAAAUGGCAAGAACUAAACAGACAGCUCGCAAAUCUACGGGCGGUAAAGCUCCCCGAAAGCAGCUGGCUACUAAAGCCGCUCGUAAGAGCGCUCCUGCUACCGGUGGGGUAAAGAAGCCUCACCGUUACAGGCCCGGCACCGUAGCUCUGCGAGAGAUUCGUCGCUACCAGAAGUCCACUGAGCUGCUUAUCCGCAAGUUGCCUUUCCAGAGACUGGUGAGAGAAAUCGCCCAGGAUUUCAAGACCGAUCUCCGAUUCCAGAGCUCGGCCGUCAUGGCUCUGCAGGAGGCUAGUGAGGCUUACUUGGUCGGUCUGUUUGAAGACACCAAUCUGUGUGCCAUCCACGCCAAGAGAGUAACAAUAAUGCCUAAAGAUAUCCAGCUGGCUCGCCGCAUUCGAGGGGAACGCGCCUAAGCAGGCACAUGAGAAAGUGGAACAAAAGGCUCUUUUUAGAGCCACCACAACUUC